GCCGCACGUCGAGCCAAUGAUGUGUCCCAUCACCUGACCGCCAUUUGAGCACAGAUGCUCGCCCCUCUAACGCCACACUGCCGCUUCAUCCCGCCCUCCCGCGCGGUUGUUGUUGUGUGACAUUGUCCGAGAUUCGCAGGCGACCGACAUGUCCUCGCUGCUCAAGCCGUUUUCGGUGUGUGAGGGGCCUUGCGAGAGCUCGGCGCCCAGGAGGGGAUGCCGGAGCUCGGCCCCUCAUCGGCCGCCCUCGUCGCAGCUGCUGACCGCCGCUCCCACCGCGGCGGGGCUGGGCUCUCUGCCGGCGCACCAGCUGUCGUAUGCGGCCAGGAGGAAUCUGGCGGCGGCGGCGGUCGGAGGCAGGAAAAUGACGCAUCCGGGAAAGGCCAUCCUUGCAGGUGGCAUCGCUGGAGGAAUAGAGAUCUGCAUCACCUUCCCCACAGAGUAUGUCAAGACCCAGCUGCAGCUGGAUGAGAGGGCCAACCCGCCGAGAUACAGAGGGAUUGGCGACUGCGUGAAGCUGACCGUGCAGGAUCACGGCCUCAGAGGGUUGUACCGAGGCCUCAGCUCCUUGCUCUACGGAUCGAUACCCAAGUCUGCGGUCAGGUUCGGCACAUUUGAGAUGCUCAGCAAUCCGAUGCGAGAUGCCACUGGUCGGCUAGACAACACGCGGAGCCUCCUGUGCGGUUUAGGAGCGGGGAUCGCGGAGGCCAUCGUGGUCGUCUGCCCCAUGGAGACGCUUAAGGUGAAGCUGAUCCACGACCAGUGCUCCCUACAACCUCGCUACAGAGGCUUCUUUCAUGGCGUCAGUGAGAUCAUCAGAGAGCAGGGCGUGAGGGGAACAUAUCAAGGUCUCACAGCAACUGUCCUUAAACAAGGAACUAAUCAAGCCAUCCGAUUCUACGUGAUGAACGCGCUGCGCAAUUGGUACAAAGGCGAUGAUCCCAGAAAAGAAAUGCACCCGAUUGUCACGGCGAUGUUCGGAGCGACGGCCGGAGCAGCUAGUGUUUUUGGGAACACGCCUCUGGAUGUGGUGAAGACCAGGAUGCAGGGUUUGGAGGCCUACCGCUACAAAAACACAGUGGACUGUGCCUUUCAGAUACUGAAGCACGAAGGACCACAGGCAUUCUACAAAGGGACGGUUCCCAGGCUCGGCCGGGUGUGCCUGGACGUGGCCAUAGUCUUCGUCAUUUACGAGGAGGUGGUGAAACUACUCAACAACGUGUGGAAGACGCAGUAGACCGGCCCGACGGUGACGAGAGGUCACGGGGAGGAAGCACAGACCAGUGCCUCAUUGCUACGCACAACUGAACACCUCUACUCUAGUUCAUACUAGCUCUCUGCAUCGCCAUGAGCAAUGCCGCGUCGUCUUGGUCAGUUUCCGUACUGUUAACGUAAAAACAAGCGAUUCUUUUCUAAACACAGUGGUGGAGUAAAAAGACAGGAAAGCAGAUCAGCGUUGCAUUUCUCCUCUUAUGGGACAAAAAGGGAUUCUUUUUAUUUUUAAAGAACAGGAACCGGCUCAGUUUGUGAGUAGAGGUUGUCUUUAACCAAAGGUUCAAAUUAGGAGUAGCUUAAAAAAAAAAGUGAGAUUCCGUAUGUCUGAUGAUUUAUCUUUCUAUGACUGUUGUUACCGUACAUGUUGUGGAGUGAACACUUUGUACCGAAACCGUAAAUGUGUCUUUCGAUUCACUGGGUACUUAACUGAACUGAGCAAAGAACAUUCAUAAGAUCAUACUGGGCACGAACCAGCUUCUUCUCGCAGUGCUUUCAAUAUCCGUGCAGUACUUAAACACAUCUCAGUGCUGUGUCUGCUUUAUUUAGCCGUGCCUGUCACGCUAGAACGUUGGCGGCGUUUCCCUCGCUGCGUCUCGGCGAUGAACUUUAGAUACUGUUCAUUGUGCGUUUUACGGCCACCGCUAAUAUCAGCUUAUCGCUGCAUGAAUGUCGAUGUGGCAUCCGGGGCGCCUGCAACACUUGACGGCAGCGGCCUGAAGGCUUGCUGAGGCCACGCACACUGGAGUCAGAACGUCUCCCAGCGGCAGAGUGUUAUUAAUCACGUAUUAUUUUGUAGGAAAGAAGUCCAUAUGUAGCAGUUUUCACGCACAGUCUUAAGUAGAAGGAGAGAUGGGACGGCUCAUUCGUAGAAGUUUGUGGUUGUCACUGUUGGAAAAAUUACUGCUUUUUCAGGUGUUUAGCGGGUGACUGAUUACCUUCCAGCUGCAUGUGAAGUCUUGAUAUCUGAAAAACCGGAUCAGUAACGCUUUCGCUCUCGGUGUGGCUGAUGUAAUUCCCGUUCAGAUGCUUGUGUGCAGCCGCGACGAUGAAAGCGUAUUCACUACUACUCCACAUGAAAACACGUCCCACCGCCAACUUAACACCUCUGAUUCAUUCACACAUCCACUGCUAGGCUAACCGCUAACCAGAUGUCACUUUACUGACUUUUGUUUACCUCUAGCUGGCGAGCUGGCUAGUUUAAAUUCAGUGUGGCCACAUAUACAGGACUAGACAGAUCAGAGGCUCAGUCGCGCAGUCGACCGUUUUAGUGGCGAGGCUCGGUUUUGAUCGGCCUUGCGGCACCGCUCAGCCUUGCACCGAAGCCUUUCACUCCUCUUUGCCAAACCCCCUUCGGCAGAAUCUCUAGUGUAGCCCCGAUGACACUUUCGAUCAGAAUAUCGGUUCACCCUCUGUGCGUCCGCUGUUGUGUUUUCACCUUCCAAUGUGUAUUUUUUACUGUACAGACUCUUUAUACGUUUGCGCUUCGCUGCUUUUCAUAAAGAGGCCAACGGCAUGUGUACCUCAUAUCAGAUCUGGUGCGAUCAUUCACAUUUCUGAACAUCCUGUUGGGCAGAUUGAAGGUUUUUUUUUUUUUUUUUUGUGUUGAUGGAAAAAAUAUAUAUCGCUGUGUUAGCAGAAGAAAAACCAUAGAAAGACACAAGUGCUCCGAGUGUUAUUUACAUGGUAAUAAACCUGUGAUUACUAAACCUA